CUCCAGCAAACGAGACAAGAGAAAUGGCGAAUUCAAGCAACGAAUCUCUGAUAAUGACUUUACUGGAACAAAUCAGGGCUUUGGAGGAUGAAAGAGACAAGGCUUUGGAGCUGGCGGGCGAACUUGGGGCGAAGGUUAAAAUGAAUGGUCCGCUAUCAACAGAUUCUAACGAGGACAGAGCUAGUGUUACCUCUAGCAACAGUGAAGAAUCCGAACCGAAACUUGAGAAGUUACGAGAAGAAAAUGAGGUACUGAGAGGAACCAUUGAAACAAUGACACAAACGGUAGUCUUUGAUCUGGAAGAGAUUCGACUCAACGAAGAACAAAGAAGGUUUAAUCUAAAAGAACUUAUCUGCGAACAGCAGAAUGACAAAUCAGGAGAGUCAAACGAGGACAUGGAUGCUAAUAGUUACAGGACAAUGUUGGAUAUGUGUAAAAAGUACUAUGGAAAAAUGGUUGCUGAACUUCAGGAGGAAAGAGGUUCAUUGCAGCAGAAGGUUGAAAAACAGCAAGCUUUGCUCUUAGAAAAAGACAUGAAAAUUACUGAACUUGAGAUGAAGCUCCAGCAAGUUUCCAAAAAGUAGGCAAUGAUUAAGCAAUCUGUUAUAAAACUAUGCAUUGACCAAUAAGCAUUAUUCUAACUCAGCUAGAUUGAAAUAAGCAGCUCUAGAGGUGUUGAAUGGUAUGGGCGGCCAUCACCACCAAAAGUACAAGAUUAUUAAAUGGCACAGACCAAACAUAAAUGGUUUAGUGAUGGUUUGCAAAAUGGAAUAAAUGAUUGACAAAUGA